GAGGUGGGAAAUUGGGGAACUGAGAGGCGCGCGGAGGCCGUUGUGCAGAGGUGGAUGGAGAUGGCACGCAGAAGCUGUCGUGAAGAAUCCGGUCGUUCAGCAGCUUCUACACGACGGAGAUGGUGACUCCCGUUGACGGAGAAAAAGAAAGUAGUAUGUAUGAGGGGAAGGGACACCGUUACAGUAUUGGCGAGGUGGGGAUCGAAGAACCCUGGAAUCCAACCUCCGAUGGCAGCAACGGACAGAUACGCUUCUCCGGCCGCCGCAUCGGCGGAGGACAACGCUCUCUUUCUCGAUAUACUGCACGAGGCUCCUCUCUUCGCUCACCGCAAGGCCGCGAGGGUUCUCGGGAGUGUCUUCUACUGCAUACUAUUGGCAGGUUAUGCUACUUUGGCCAUUGGAGCUCCCUGGAUAUUUCGCCCUGUUCAAGGACUCAUCUCUCCCGUGCUUUGCAGCUGUGAUGUGCUUCUUUUGCUGUUAACAGGAAUCUUUCAACAAUACUUGGUUUAUCAAGUACAGAAGAUACGCUUGCAGGGAUAUUAUAGUUUCAGCCAGAAGUUGAAAUUUAUUGUUCGCAUACCCUUUUCUAUUACAGCGUAUGGAACUGCUGCAAUGCUACUUGUCAUAGUCUGGAAACCAUACACUGGUUUUCUGUCAAUCUCUGCAAUAUUGAGGAUUAUUAUGAUAGUUGAAGCAGUAAGUUCUGGAUGUUUUAUGAGUCUUUACAUCGGUUACAUACACCAGUACAAUUCAUUGAACUCACAUCCUGAUGUUCUGAAGUCUUUAUACUCACCACUACAGCCAUCAAGUUCUCUGGAGGGUCUAAGGUACCAUGACGGUAGGCUCUCUGAUCAGCAAAUGGCUUUGCUGCAAUAUCAGCGUGAAAAUCUUCAUUUUUUGAGUGAGGAGAUCCUUCGAUUGCAAGAAUGUUUAAGCAAAUAUGAAAGAACUGAUGAUCGGAGCACACCACAGGUUGACCUUGCCCAUCUACUAGCAGCUCGUGAUCAGGAGUUACGGACACUUUCUGCAGAGAUGAACCAGGUGCAAUCUGAGUUAAGGCUUGCCCGGUCCUUAAUCGCUGACAGGGACUCAGAGAUCCAGCAUGUUCGCAUGACCAACAAUCAGUACGUAGAAGAGAAUGAGAGACUCAGAGCUAUUUUGGGAGAAUGGAGUACCCGAGCUGCCAAGCUUGAGCGAGCACUGGAGGUUGAGAAGAUGUCAACGCUUGAAUUACAAAGGAAGCUUUCAACGCUAAGAAGUCAAACGAAUACCUCAGCAGAAGCAACUGAACAUGGAGCUUAAUUCACUAGUAGGCAAAUGCAUAUGGUACAUAAGCAGUCCCAGUUCAUGUCGAACAUUUAACCUUGUUCUCACCAUUUUAAAGAACACGUAGACGUGUCUACGGUACCUUCACAGUUGUAGAGAGAUCCAUUGUACAUAUUAGUUCAAAAAAUGUGGUUUUAUUUUUGUUUGGUAAGAGAAAUACGUAAUGAUGUAAUUUGAUCGAGUUAUCGUGCGCUAUUAUGCUCAAUAUUUGCAUCAGUCCUAAAGAUAAAAUUGUGUUGUUUGAGCGAA